ACAUCUGAAGCAACAAAAGGAUAAAAAUUAAUUCGUGGAUAACAAACAGUUCACACAAACUCUUCCAUUCCCUUGCACAAACACUGAUUUAUUUUGGGGGUUAAAACCAUGGCGGCGGCGGCGGGGGCGACGGCGGCGGCCCAUGUCCGAAGACCCAUUCUGCACAAAUCCGAAUUUCUUGGCUCUUCUUGUAAUUUUAAUACAACGUUGUCUCUCCCCAAAUCCCAAUCCCAAUCCUUUUUACACAGACGACACGUCACUACAGCCAAAUUCAACCUCUACGAAAUUCUCGGCGGCCGAGGUCUCUGCAAUGGCGAAGAAGGCAUCGACCAAGAACUCAAGAAAACCAUCUCAGCAGAAAAGGGAGCACCCCCAAACCCACCGGCGUCGCAGCAAACGCCUCCGGCUUCAGAAACAUCAGAAGACGGCGACGCCGCCGCCUUCGGGAAAGAGCUGAUGGGCAUGACCGGAGGGUUUCCGGGGGGCGAAAGGGGGCUCGAGAAAUUCAUCCAAGAAAACCCGCCGCCGGCCAAGAAGGGCUCUUCUCCGGCGGAAGCAGGGUUCGACGGAGCCAUGGUGAAGAAGCCGAAGCCGCCGGAGCUGCCAAUGCUGCUUCCUGGCAUGAUCGCCAUCGUCAAGAAUCCCAACAAUCCCUUCUACAUGUACUGCGGCAUUGUGCAGCGGAUAACCGACGGCAAGGCCGGCGUGCUGUUCGAAGGCGGGAAUUGGGAUCGGCUCGUCACUUUCCGGCUGGAGGAGCUCGAACGCCGUGAAAAGGGGCCGCCCAUGGUAAACCCUAAAUCAGCAAUUCUUGAAGAAAUGGUGCAGCAGAAGAACAGUUAAUUUAUCAGUAUUAAUCUAUACAUAUUAUGAAAUCUUUAGGUACAUAGAUAGUUGAUCAAGAUUUGGUGUCUUGGUGGUUAUCCGUCUUGUUGAUCGAUUUAUUGCAGCCAUAAAUUUCUACUACACAAUCUGGACAGAUAUUCUGACCUGAUAAUAUGUCCCGCCUCGGGUUCAGAGCCAUUUUUGGCAGCAUCAUGUCUCAAAACCUCCUAUAAGCUCGAUGAUCAUCAAUUCAUAUCUCAUAUAAUUUCAAAUUUUCCA